GGAGAAAACAACUUCACAAAGCGUUCCUCGAACAUUAAAUUUUUAAUUUUAAUUUAGACUAAAUAUUGCAUUAUUAAUAGUAAAUUAUUUGCUAUAUGCCAUGUUUGUUUAUCGCAUACAAAUAUUAACACAAAGUAUCAAAACGUUGUAUUUAUUGAUUAUUUUAUGUAGUUGUUUCCCGGGAGCGUUAUUACCGUCGCGCGGCGCCAAAAGACAAACAGAAUUAUUGACUGCGUUGAAAGUGUUGUUUAGAUUCACCGAAGCCCAAAUAGCGAACACAAAAGUCUCAAAAUUGUCGUAACAAUGCCGUUCAAAAGAAGUCUUCAGGUAGAAGAAAAGGAAAAUACUCCAGUCAAGAGGCUCACCAAAGACAGGAAGUAUUCUUCUCUGACUGGAACGAUGCCCAUGAGCCCAAAAGCUAAACCCCAAGGUAAUUACAAAACCAGUGGGACUACUGUCAAUGUCCUGGAAGCAGAAAAGCCACAGACAGAAACGAAAAGGAUGGAUUUCCUCAGGUCUAAAUUGGAAGGAUCUUUAGAUGCCUUAAUGAAGAUAAGGCAAGAGCUUGAGCCCUUAUUGCCUGCAGAUGGCAACAGUGAGCUGAGGAGUUUCUUGCUGAUGGGUCCUGGUGACUUACACGCUGAACUGAAGAGGCAUAAAGAGCUGACUUUGCAAUCGAACAGUCAUGUCAGUGGACUACAAAUGCAUGAGAAGUUGCUCCAAGGUACAACCCAGACUGGCAGUUCGUACGAGUUUCUAAAGAACAUCUUAAGUGGCUGAGAAGGCCAACCUGAACAACAGCUGCUGGCCACACAAACCAUCCCUAUUUCUGCCCAAGGUGGAUCAUAUAACUCUCACUUUAUCGCCCUCAGAGGCAGCGUGAAGGACAAAAGCACAAGGUGGUCCAUUAAUGGUACUUGUAUUUUCUCAUAUACAUGUCCUCCUUUUUGGUUGGAAGUAAAGUCUUGGGGUGUGGUUUCUUUCAAUGAUUUCGAAUGACUUGUGUCUUGACAUGGCACAGAGCUCCACAGCCUCUUUAGUUUAAACAUUCAUUCACAGAGAACUUCAUAAUAAUCAUACUUCAUAAUAAUCAUGGAUUCUUGAAUGGCUAUUUAUGAUUCAUCAGAAAAUGUUGUUCAUCCUUUGCAUUUCUCGAUCAAUUGUACUAACAAAGGCAAACCAUGUUUAUAUUAAUGCACUCGUUCUUAUUGUAAAAUAAAUAAUUAACAAAGGAAAUUGGA